CCUGUUUGUACAGAAAGUGCCAUUCAGAAAGCUCGCCAGCGAGAAGACAGCUCCACGCUCAGCCUCAGAAGAAAGACGUUCAACAAUUUACUGGGGAGAGAAAGAAAAGGAACGGGAGCUGAGAGCGCGCGGGCGGCCCGAGCCUCGGCGGCGGCGGUAGCGGCGGCGGCGGCGGCGGCGGCGCUGACACCUCCCACCAUGGACAGCUUCGACUUAGCCCUGCUCCAGGAAUGGGACCUCGAGUCGCUGUGUGUCUAUGAACCAGAUAGAAAUGCAUUACGGAGGAAAGAACGAGAAAGAAGAAAUCAAGAAACUCAACAGGAUGACGGCACGUUUAAUUCUAGUUACUCUCUCUUCAGUGAGCCCUACAAGACUAACAAGGGGGAUGAACUGUCCAACCGGAUCCAGAACACGUUAGGCAAUUAUGAUGAAAUGAAAGACUUUUUAACUGAUAGAUCCAAUCAGAGUCAUCUCGUUGGAGUUCCCAAACCUGGGGUUCCUCAGACUCCUGUGAACAAGAUCGAUGAACAUUUUGUUGCAGAUUCAAGAGCCCAGACCCAGCCCUCAUCUAUCGGUAGCACUACAACUUCCACACCAGCAGCUGUCCCCGUGCAGCAGAGUAAGAGAGGCACUAUGGGCUGGCAGAAGGCUGGGCACCCACCCUCCGACGGCCAACAGAGAGCAACACAACAGGGCUCUCUCAGGACCUUGCUUGGAGAUGGUGUUGGCAGACAGCAGCCGCGGGCCAAACAAGUGUGCAAUGUGGAGGUGGGCCUUCAGACCCAGGAGAGACCACCUGCCAUGGCGGCCAAGCACAGCAGCAGCGGACACUGUGUUCAGAACUUUCCUCCAUCCCUAGCUUCAAAACCCAGCCUGGUCCAGCAGAAACCGACCGCAUACGUGCGGCCGAUGGACGGCCAAGAUCAGGCCCCUGAUGAGUCUCCUAAGCUGAAGUCGUCUUCGGAAACCAGCGUGCACUGCACAUCAUACAGGGGAGUCCCCGCCAGCAAGCCGGAGCCAGCCAGAGCCAAGGCCAAGCUCUCCAAGUUCAGCAUCCCCAAGCAGGUGGAGGAGAGUAGAUCUGGAGAAACCAACAGCUGUGUUGAAGAAAUAAUCCGGGAGAUGACCUGGCUUCCACCACUUUCUGCUAUUCAAGCACCUGGCAAAGUGGAACCAACCAAAUUUCCAUUUCCAAAUAAGGACUCGCAGCUUGUAUCCUCUGGACACAAUAAUCCAAAGAAAGGUGAUGCAGAGCCAGAGAGCCCAGACAAUGGCACAUCGAAUACAUCAAUGCUGGAGGAUGACCUUAAGCUAAGCAGUGAUGAAGAGGAGAAUGAACAGGCAGCUCAGAGAACGGCUCUCCACGCUCUGUCUGACAGCACCGUGGUCCAGCAGCCCAACUGCAGAACCUCAGUGCCUUCCAGCAAGGGCAGCAGCAGCAGCAGCAGCAGCGGCAGCAGCAGCUCCUCCAGCGACUCAGAGAGCAGCUCAGGAUCUGACUCGGAGACUGAGAGCAGCUCCAGCGAGAGUGAGGGCAGCAAGCCCCCCCAUUUCUCCAGCCCCGAGGCUGAACCAGCAUCCUCUAACAAGUGGCAGCUGGAUAAAUGGCUGAACAAAGUGAAUCCCCACAAGCCGCCUAUUCUGAUCCAAAAUGAAAGCCACGGGCCAGAGAGCAAUCAGUACUACAACCCGGUGAAAGAGGAUGUCCAGGACUGUGGGAAAGUCCCCGACAUUUGCCAGCCCAGCCUGAGGGAGAAGGAGGUCAAGAGCACCUGCAAGGAGGAGCAGAGGCCGAGGACAGCGAACAAGGCCCCUGGGAGUAAAGGCGUGAAGCAGAAGUCCCCGCCCGCGGCCGUGGCCGUGGCUGUGAGCGCAGCCGCCCCGCCGCCCGCAGUGCCCUGUGCGCCCCCGGAGAACGCGCCCGCGCCCGCCCGGAGGUCGGUGGGCAAGAAGCCCACCAGGCGCACGGAGAGGACCUCAGCCGGGGAUGGCGCCAACCUCCACCGGCCCGAGGAGCCCGCGGCCCCGGACGCGCUGGGGACAAGCGUGGUGGUCCCCCCGGAGCCCACCAAAACCAGGCCCUGUGGCAACAACAGAGCGAGCCACCGCAAGGAGCUGCGCUCCUCCGUGACCUGCGAGAAGCGCCGCACGCGGGGACUGAGCAGGAUCGUCCCCAAAUCCAAGGAGUUCAUUGAGACAGAGUCGUCAUCGUCGUCCUCCUCCUCGGACUCCGACCUGGAGUCCGAGCAGGAGGAGUACCCUCUGUCCAAAGCACAGACCGUGGCUGCCUCUGCCUCCUCCGGGAGUGAUCAGAGGCUGAAGGAGGCCGCUGCCAACGGGGGCAAUGGUCCCAGAGCCCCUGUAGGCUCCAUCAACGCCAGGACCACCAGUGACAUCGCCAAGGAGCUGGAGGAGCAGUUCUACACCCUGGUCCCCUUUGGCCGGAACGAACUUCUGUCCCCUCUAAAGGACAGUGAUGAGGUCAGGUCUCUCUGGGUCAAAAUCGACCUGACCCUCCUGUCCAGGAUCCCAGAACACCUGCCGCAGGAGCCAGGGGUCUUGAGCGCCCCUGCCACCAAGGACUCUGAGAGCGCGCCGCCCAGCCACACCUCAGACACACCUGCAGAAAAGGCUUUGCCAAAAUCCAAGAGGAAACGCAAGUGUGACAACGAAGACGACUACAGGGAGAUCAAGAAGGCCCAGGGAGAGAAAGACAGCUCUUCAAGACUGGCCACCUCCACCAGUAAUACUUUGUCUGCAAACCACUGCAACAUGAACAUCAACAGUGUGGCAAUACCAAUAAAUAAAAAUGAAAAAAUGCUUCGGUCGCCCAUCUCACCCCUCUCCGAUGCAUCUAAACACAAAUACACCAGCGAGGACUUAACUUCUUCCAGCCGACCUAAUGGCAACAGUUUGUUCACUUCAGCCUCUUCCAGCAAAAAGCCUAAGGCCGACAGCCAGCUGCAGCCUCACGGCGGAGACCUCACGAAAGCAGCUCACAACAAUUCUGAAAACAUUCCCCUCCACAAGUCACGACCGCAGACGGAGCCGUGGUCUCCAGGCUCCAACGGCCACAGGGACUGCAAGAGGCAGAAACUUGUCUUCGAUGAUAUGCCUCGCAGUGCCGAUUAUUUUAUGCAAGAAGCUAAACGAAUGAAGCAUAAAGCAGAUGCAAUGGUGGAAAAGUUUGGAAAGGCUUUGAACUAUGCUGAAGCAGCGUUGUCGUUUAUUGAGUGUGGAAAUGCAAUGGAACAAGGCCCCAUGGAAUCCAAAUCUCCUUACACGAUGUAUUCAGAAACAGUAGAGCUCAUCAGGUAUGCUAUGAGACUAAAAACCCACUCGGGCCCCAAUGCCACACCAGAAGACAAACAACUGGCUGCAUUAUGUUACCGAUGCCUGGCUCUCCUGUACUGGCGGAUGUUUCGACUCAAAAGGGACCACGCUGUAAAGUAUUCAAAAGCACUAAUUGACUAUUUCAAGAACUCAUCUAAAGCCGCCCAAGCCCCAUCUCCGUGGGGGGCCAGUGGAAAGAGCACUGGAACCCCAUCCCCCAUGUCUCCCAACCCCUCUCCCGCCAGCUCCGUGGGGUCUCAGGGCAGCCUCUCCAACGCCAGCGCCCUGUCCCCGUCGACCAUCGUCAGCAUCCCACAGCGCAUCCACCAGAUGGCAGCCAACCACGUCAGCAUCACCAACAGCAUCCUUCACAGCUACGACUACUGGGAGAUGGCGGACAACCUGGCCAAGGAAAACCGAGAAUUCUUCAACGACCUGGAUCUGCUCAUGGGGCCAGUCACCCUGCACAGCAGCAUGGAGCACCUGGUCCAGUACUCCCAACAGGGCCUGCACUGGCUGCGGAACAGUGCCCACCUGUCAUAGGGACCUCACCCUGGAGCCAGAUCGGGCUCUGGUCUCCACAGAUGGCUCAACACUUUUGGACACUGUGCUACUGAAAUUCCCAGCCACAGCAUUUAUCAGACUGCGGUGAACAUUUCCUCAGCAUUGAACAACGGUCUUUUGCAGGGCAUGUGUGUUUGUGUGUGUGGGUAUAUAAGAAGCCACCUAUGUAUGUGUGUAAGAAACACAGCUCUUCAGAACACACCUUCUUUGUCUAGUUUCCAUAAUCCCAGGCUAGACAAAGUGACCAGAGGUUUCUAAUUAGAAGAAAUACACACAUACACACACACCAUACUCACACACAAUCACAGACGCACACUUUCUAUUCCAGUGCUAAACCAUGACUUCUUAGAAAAUUCAACCAAAAUCUCAUGGGUUAGUUAACCAGGUGCAAUACAGCACACCAAAAGCUUGACUGCUGGUGAAGAUAGACCUGCUCUUAUACUGUUGAUUACUUUCAGUAUUAAUAUACUCUUCCCCAAUUAUUUUUUGAUCGGUAUAUAUUAAUGGGUAAUUGAGUAAUGAAAAUAAGCCAGAUAUUUUUGUGCCAGAAGUUUCCUAGAUUGCAUGUUACCAAAUACCCUGCUCUUCCUCUAAUUCCCUUCUAAAUCUGACUUUAUUGUCAGCUAAAUGCAUUCCAGGCAAACGGAUGGACACUCACAGCGCUUCCCAGCCCCACCUCCAAGUAGUAUGCAAAUGGCACUGCGAUUUAGCAAAAACUCGGCAUCUUUGAAAGUUAACAGACGCUAGAGCAGCCGUGCCUGUGUGUUGGAGCUCAGUUAGGAGUGGAAGUUUUCUGCACCUGUGAUAACAAGCCCACCAGCCACAUGCAUUUCUUCUUCCUGCCACUGUGACUCGGUGGCUGUAGAGCCACAUGGCAUUUGUCAGCCAAUCUGUUGCAAGUCUUUUCUUUCCAGCAGUAGCUUUCUUACAGAUUUUCUUGGCUAAAUGAGUCCAUUACCUAGACUGUCCCUUCAGUAGGAGCCCGAAUCCUUUGCUUACCAGGCUGAAAGCUCUGAAAGCUCUUUGCCGUGCUGUCUGAUUCUCUCGCUCCUCAUGCAGAGUGUGCCACUGCAGCCCUGUGAUGCGUUUUGAUUUGGGGGCGAGUUUUCAGGCUUUGAUUAGCAGGCUGCUUGCAGCGCGGACCACAGUUCUUUUCUGGAGCAGCAGCAACCAGAGCCUCUUCUGUGUCCUGUGUGUCUGGUAUGUUUACACCUUGCUCUGAGUUUUUCUCUUGUUUUCUUUUUUUAAUUAAGCUUACAUUUUAGUUUCUUUGACAUCUUGUUUACAGUUUUUGUCUGAUGUUUUUUUCUUUUAUAGUGUCUUAUGCCCUAGAUUUAGUCAUCUUGUUAAAUAUAUUUGGAUAUGAAAUCUUGGCAGAAAAGAAAGUAACUCCUGAAAAAGAAGGUCUAUCUCGCCACACUUUAAAAACAAAAAUAAUGUCCUUGAGGCCUCUUGCUUGAUAAAGUUGCACCAGGACGGUCUGAGAAAGGCAGGCGGUGCAACAUAUGGAGCAAUCCGUUUUUUCAAGGUGAUGACGGCACAAAAUACUUAGACUGGAUGCUGGUCUCUAUACUUUCACUGAUAUUCUUUCAGGUUGGGUUGUACUGUUAACAUUUUUGUCAGCCUGAUCUGUAGGUGGGAAAUAAGAUCAUUGUGAUUCCCUAGCUCUGAGCACUGAUUCAAAAUUGUAUAAAUGAUUGAACAACUUAGAUGAUUUGAAAUAAAUUGAAAACAGCAAGUAGAGGGCUUGUGGAAUUUGCAUUUGGCUUUGGCCUUCAAGCAUUUGGAAAUAUUAAGAGAAUUUCCAUUUUACAUGUCUCCAACUAGGGUGCUUCUUACAACCCUUUCACUUUUUUUUGAGACAAGUUUCGUUCUGUCGCCCAGGCUGGAGUGCAGUGGCACGAUCUCGGCUCACUGCAACCUCUGCCUCCUGGGUUCAAGUGAUUCUCCUGCCUCAGCCUCCCAAGUAGCUGGAAUUAUAGGCAUGCACCACCACGCCCAGCUAAUUUUUGUAUUUUUAGUGGAGACUGGGUUUCGCAGUGUUGGCCAGGCUGGUCUCAAACUCCUGACCUCAGGUGAUCCACCUGCCUCCACCUCCAAAAGUGCUGUGAUUACAGGCGUGAGCCACCGCGCCCGGCCCUUUCAACUAAUUUUCACAAUCUCAUCCUAUGUAGGAAGCUUGAACUCAUCCUAUGAGUUCACAAUCUCAUCCUAUGUAGGAAGCUUGAACCUAACUUAAGAAAUUUUGAGUCAUUUUUUUGGAGGACUGAGACUUUGUUCUACUUACUCUUGAAGAAUCCUGAUGAAAUAUUCAAACACAUAAAGGGAAGGCCCUGGAGGUCUGUCCUGCAUCCCUGGAGAGCUUCUCUGCUCUUGCCUACCUGGAAAGUUGCAGGCUUUGUUGUGGCAUCUGUGUGAUGAGCUUCCCUGUGAAGCCCCAUUUGACAGGUGGGCCAGCAGUGUUUUAUCAGCACUCUGAUGGCCCACGUUUCCCAGGAAAACUUCUUGAAACUUACCCUUGUGGGCAGUGGUCAGAGCAUGCAGUUCCUAUGACCGUCUCUCGUUUCAUCUGUGGAGCACAGCAGUUUCUGUGGGGUUUGGCAUAGGUGACUUUGGUUGGAAACCAUCCUCCGAUUGUUGCUUGUGAAAGUCAUUCAUAACUUGUUCCUUUUACUUAGUUUUGUUGUUGCUGCUGUUGUUAUUGGUUUGUCUGGUUUUGAGACCGGGUCUGGUUCUGUGGCCCAAGCUGGAGUGCGGUGGCGCAAUCAUGGCUCCCCGCAGCCUCAAACUCCUGGGCUCAAGCGAUCCUCUGCCUCAGCCUCCCAAGCAGCCGGGAAGAUAGGCACAUGCCACCACACCCAGCUAAUGUUUUCUUCAUUUUUUUGUAGAGAUGGGGUCUCACUAUGUUGCCCAGGCUGGUCUCAAACUCCUGGGCUCAAGCGAUCCUCUGGCCUUGGCCUCCCAAAGUGCUGGGAUUACAGGCAUGAGCCACCAUGCCUGGCCUGUUUAGUUUUGUUUCAAGUUGAAAUAUCUUUCUUGUGUUUUCUGAUUAGAAAGGUAAUACCUACUCAUUGUAAGAAUUCAAACAGUGCAGAAAUGUAGAAAGUAGAAAGUGUAAGUCCCCGGUUGUCCCUUCUGCCUGAGACAACCACUGCUCGCAGUUUGAUGUAUACCCUUCCAGAGACUCUCACAUUUAAGCAAAUAAUUGUUAUUACCACAUCUUUUUCUUUGAAGACGUACAUUUGCCUCCGAAGUUCAACCCAAGUUCAGCUGACCAGAUCCUUCCAUGACCUGAAUGGAUGCUAUCCUUGAUCACAAUGUUCAAUUGCCUUUGAAAGAGAGUAGCCCAGGUAUAUUCCUGAUCAAAAUUUGGCAUUUUUGAUGAUACUGCUCUACACAGAUCAGACUCACGUGCAGAGUCGUGCCUGGAGAGAGAGGUUUGGUUAAGACAGAGAUUUCUGGAAACAUUCAGAUUGCAAAUGGAAACUUGAAACCCACGAUCUAAUGAGGAAUGUACUGGAAAAAUAAUCUGAGGAGUUGACAAAUUGUGUACUAGAUUGAACACAUGGAAUGCAAUGCAAUGAGACUUUCUGCACUAAAACUUCUCCUAAUAUGUACAACAAUGAUACGUGUAUUAUAUAACAGUGACGUGUACAUUUCUGACACCCAUACAUAAUAGACACAGUUUGUAUAAAUGCAUACAUUUAAAAAUAUAUAUGUACAAUACAGCUAACAUAAAACUGUAGUACGCCUGAAGGAUAUUACUAGUGCCUAAUAUUGAGUCAAAGUCACUGCGUGUUCGCAUCAACUUGGAAGUGCAGUAAUUGUUAUAAAAUUAAUCAGUGCAGCCAACAUUAUUUAUGAAUCACAUCUUUGAAACUGUGCAGUAGCAUAUACAUAUAUAUUUUUAAAUAACAUUUUUCACAGUUUUCCAGAGUUACUGUUGAAAUCUGCAUCACCAAAAAAAAAAAAAAGCAAGAUUUUUUUAACAAUGUAGACACUCUUCAGACCCAGUAAUCUGCGUGUGAUUUCUUAUUUGUAGAUUCCCAAGAGACUUUAGCAGUCACCAGCCUUAAUGCAUGUACAGGAUAUUAUUGUGACUUAAUUUAUCUGCAGUUUUUAAUCCAUGUGAAAUUGGAAUUUAUAAACGGACUUGGAUUAAAUAUGUCUGCCUUUCUAAGGUUGCAAAUGUUACAUUAAAUGACUUAUGUUGUAAAUGAGAGAAGUUGAGUUGUACGUAAAAGACGUCCACCAAUUUCUAUGAAUAUUUUUACAAGGAAACUUGAGAAUCAAAAUACAUUCAAGUCAGUUUUUCUGGCUCCCACUUUAUAAUCUCUUUAAAAGCAAUCUUUUUGUUUCAUAAAUGGCUUAAAUGUAGCUCCCACAGAUUAUCAGUAUGAAGUCUGACAUUUUUCAUGGAAAAAAAAGUAUGUUUUUCUUCAUAUAUAAAUAGUUUACUGUUUGUCUUUGCUGUUUCCUGAUACAUACACAUACACACACACACACACGCACAUGCAUACACAUAUGCACGUGCACACUCUCCAGUGUCCCAGUGAAGGCUCAACAGGAAGCUUGAGAAGGUCAUCUCAAUGGCCACAGGGUUCCUCUUCAACCAGUAGCCCUGGGAUGCCUCUUUGCUUGUCAUUCUUUAGUGUCACAAGUUGCUUCCACGACUUGUGUGCAGUCAGGGAACUGCACACAACUGAAACCAACAUGGUGGAAUCAUGUUUGCAAUAUUUGGUUGAGUAAAAUAAGAGAAUUUUGAACUAAAGAAGACGGAGGUAUUCAGACCAGUGGCUUGACAUGAAGUAUCCCCUAUGUGGGAGGGUAUGUUUGUUAACCUCCUUUUUAGCCUUAUCUCCCUCCCUUUUCCUUAUCCUCCUCCCCAAACUGAAGAAGCAGAAACAGCAACAAAGACAAAAGCCAUCCCUUCACCCGAUCCAGCCCAUAUCCUUAGGUUCAAAUAUCCUUUGUCUUUUUCCCACUAUACCAUCUGACACAAUUCACUCGUGUCUAGAGAGAAAAAUGCAGAAAGGGUUUGUUUGCAGAUGGGCAGUUCAGAUGAGUCCUCGUUAACCAAGCAGAGGGGUGCAGAAGAAGCCUGACUCAGGGUCACCAUGGGAAACUCCUCAUCCCAAAGAUGGGUGGGACAGGGACUUGACUUUGCUUGACCAACCACUGAGCUUGAUACUCUUUCAGAGGCGGUUUGUGCUAAGAAACACCCAGCAGUCUUUCAAGAACGUUCUCUUCUGCAGCUUUGCCUGCUACACAGCUGAAGUCUGUCCUUAUAAAAAUUAUAUUUUUAAGAAGUAAUAACGUUUUCAAAGAAACCCGGAUCAAGUGGAAUCUUGAAAUUUUUUUAAUGAAAGGGGAAAAACUACCUUACCACAUAAACUACACUUGCAGCCAUUUGGAACCAGAGUUUAUGUCCUCGUUUUCCCGUUCGCAGAAGAGCACAGUUUUUCAAUAUCACAACUUCCAGCAAAUAGCACAAGAAAUGUUCAGACUUGAGAUUUGUGUUUCUUUUGUCCAGAUUAUUCUGUAUCUGUCACCAAAGGGGUUAACUUGUUUGCUUGGCAUGAGGAAAAUUAUAAACUCGGUUCUCAAACUAAUUACAUCUGACCACGGUUUUGGUUUGUAUUAUUUUAAUUGGCACUCCGAGGCAGCAAGGGGUAAAUUUUGGGUCGGCUGCAAGGGGAUUUAGGUUCACAGCUCUUACUUACAGUAAUGGGAAUCAAGGGAUUAAAUCUCUGUGUGUUACUUUGAAAAUCCACCUCUUACAGCCAAUCUUACAGACAUUGAUCUGAGGGUUGAAUUCAGGGCACUAAUUGCAAGUCAACACAAGGGUCAGCAUUUCUGUUGAAGCCCCGGGGUAUUGAUGUAGCCUGAAAAGCUGAAUCAAGGACUUGGGUUUUGUUUUGUUUUGUUUUGUUUUUUUACCCAUUUUUAAAAUAGGAAAGCUCAUCCAGAAAUACUUGGAUCUAGACAUGAUAGAACAUAGCACCAAUGUUUAGGAUUUUCAGAGUGCUGUUGGGUUAUUAAAAUAAUAUCGAUGUUCUA